GAUGAACACGCCAAUACUGCGACUCCAUGUCGCCAUCCAGUCUCAAGCCUCGUCGCGUCGUGCGGCCGCAUGGCAACUCAUAACGCCUGCGCCUGUGUAGCCCAGGUUGACCAUAACGUCGCGCUCACGCCAUGAGGGCCGCGUGCGUCCAAUGCCGCGUGCGCAAAGUCCGCUGCGAUGGUUCGGCCCCUUGCUGUAGGCCAUGCGAACGCCUACGCUUUGACUGUUCUUUCCAGCAUGCCAGCUCUACCUCUGGUGGAUAUGCAGUUCAGCUUCCGCCAAAGAGGCGCGGUACCGAGGCCUGUCUCGAGUGUCGUUCUAUGAAAGCACGGUGCUCUAGAGAAUCUCCCAAGUGCGGCAAUUGCCAGAGAAGAAAUAGGAGAUGUACCUAUGCAUCGUCCUCGCGCUCAAAUUCCGCGCUGGAAAGCCCUGUCGCAAUCGACGCGGGCUCACGCGUGUCGCCUCAACAGUCUAGUGUGGCGAGUGAGUUUGCUCCAGCCCUUUCGGUGACGAGCGAUGUCACAUCGCCCUUGUCCACAAUCACCAGCGAGUCCUAUCUACCCGCAGCAGAGUUGAUACGCAGGUACUUUGACUGCUUAGCGCCCCUACCAUCCUUCGGUUUUCUCCACAGAGAAACUGUCGUCCAACGAUGCCUUGAUGGGUCCAUGGAUCUCUCUCUUAAGCUAGCCAUCUGCGCUCUUACUUCAAUGUACCUGGGCCAAAAUCACACACGCCGUAUGGAAUGGGCACAGGAAGCCGAGCGACUUAUGCUUGAAAGACUAGAAAGGCCUUCCAUCUUCUUGAUCCAGGCCUCACUGCUCAUAAUACGGUUUCGCGCUGCCAAUGGACAAUUCCCACGCGCCUUCAUCAUGGCGGGAUUGGCUGGACGAUGGGCCGUUGCCCUACGGCUUAACUACGAACAUACCGGGCUAGGACCAAUAGCCCAAGAAGUACGAAGACGUACAAUUUGGUCGCUUUAUCUGCUAGAAGACAGCUUCUGUGUGGGGCUAAAGGAGUUCGAACUGCUUUCUCCCGAAAUCAUGCAUUUGCAGCUACCGUGCGAGGAUGCAGACUUCAACGUCAGACGACCUGCCUCCACUGGCUUCUUGCAAUCAGGGAGAGGCAUCGAGCCGGAAAUACUUGGGUCGCGCGCAGCUUUCAUUAAAUUGGCUUUGAUUAGACGCGAUGUUAUGCGAUUCAAUCGCCGGAUAUGUGCGAAGGAGAUCACGCAGGCGGAACUCUUUACCUGCAUCGAACGUUAUCAGAACGAUCUGCUGCGCCUGCGUACUCGGCUUGCACCCAGCGAUCAGUAUCCGCGCACUUUACCCAACGAACUUCCUUGGCCACCCCAGUAUGCCCUACUUCAUUUGUCAUGGCACCAGUGUCAUUGCGACUUGUACCGUCCAUUCAUGCCCGACUACCCUGAGCUUGGGCCACAUGCCGCUUUGAAUGGAAUAUCUGAGCCUGACAGGAUAUUGAUGAGAGACAAGUGCUUGAGCCACGCUGAAGAGAUUGUGCGCAUACUUGCAGAUUUUAUUCAUCACAAGGAGGAACAGCACUUGCUAGAGCAUGAUGUUGCGGUCUGCACUUAUCAUGCUGCCAGACUGGUACUUUUCGGAACUCACAAUACUUCCCACGGAUCCGACCAUCAGACAAGAACGGCUUUGGACAAGGCGCAGCUGUGUCUCGAUGUUAUUAAGCAGUACUUUAGCUUCUCCGCCCAGCUCGAGUCGAUGCGGACAGCUCUUGAGACGGCGAUUGAGCAGCACAAAACGCGCUGGAAGCCCGCUGUUUCUGUAGAGACAACACCAAGAGACCCUGAUAUCUCUCGGGAUGCACACAACCGGCAGAGGCUCGCGAUUCACAGUCUUCUUCGCCAGUCCGAUUUUGUCGACGAUUCCCGUGAGGCAGCUCUCGAAUCACCAAACCAGACUGCGCCAAACGCUGUGCCUAUAGCCACCGAGGUCGUCGCCACCACGGAGCUACCCCAAGGACGAGUCGACUGGAAUAUCCAAGAUACUAUGUAUCCGCCAUGGAACUUUAUGCCUAAUGACCCAAGCUCACUGUAUGGAUUCCCUUUCGCAACUGGUAUGCUUGAUCUUGGUGGAAAUAUGCAACAAGGCACCGAACUAGUCGGUAGUCAUGACGAGCAGUGCAUGUACUAAAGCACUUCCUGUGCUAUACGAUACCCUUUUCGAUUCCCGGUCAUACUUGACAUUAUCAGUAAACAUCAUAGUCUAGGAUCACGUCAUGAGUUUGGACAUAUAUAAGGCAUCCGCUUGUACAGGACGUGACUUGCAGUGAACAGGG